GUCCUCGACCCGAUUCCGGAGGUGGGGAGACCCAUGUCUCGGUCCAUCCUUCAGAUUUCGAGCCUGUUCGGAGUCCGGGGUACGAACCGGGGGCCUCUCACCCUUCUCCGACCGAGCGCUCUUUGUCCGAGGCGCCGGUCCCGUUUACACAAAUGUCCAAGACGGACAAGAAGAAGAGGAUCUCCGACGCACUGGAGAUCCUAUGUACUCAAACUGACCGAGACCACAUCAAUGAGGUCAACGGGAGGAAUGAGUCGAGUGAGCUCUUCCGCUCUUGGAUGGACUUUUCCAUCCGGAUGACCAAGGUAGCCGAAGACCGGCUCGCCCUGGUACAAGAGGUCUCGGACCUGAAGCAGGCGGCUCGGACGCACUUUGAUGAAGUGUACCAGGCGAAGGAGGCUAAGCGUCUGGCCGAGCUCCGCUUGGAGGAGGCCAACAAAAAGAUCGAGAAGGGCGAGGCGACCUGGAAGCAAGAGAAGGAGGACUGGCAGAUCGAAAGGACCAACCUCUCUCUUGCCAAGGAAAACGCUGAGUCCGCCAAAGCUACGGCCGAGACCAAGCAAGCUCAGGCCGAGAAGGAUUUGGAGGAGGUCCGGCUCAAACUCUCGGCGGCCGAGGCUCAACUGAAAGAAGCCCAAGCGGCCGUUUCUCGCUCUCAGGAGGAGUGGUUCCAAGCUUGGCAGAAGUCGGAUGACUGUACCGAUUUCUGUGCCGACGUGGGCCAGUCUUCCCAUAAGAUGGGCGAGGACGAGGCGCUUGCUAGGCUUAAGGUGGCCUUUGCUGAUUCCUGUCCCGAGGCCGACUGGAACUCAGUCUGGUCUCGCUACCAGGAGUUAGCCGAUGCCGAUGCAGCUGAGAUCAAGGCCAAGAUGGCUGAAGAGAUGAGCUCGGACAGCGAUUCUGAUGAUGGAGAAGAAGAUGCUGGUAGCACCGAGCCACCUCCGUGA